CACGCAGGCGUGUUGUGUUUGGGUGGGGAGGGGACAGAGAUGUUGAGCAGAGCAGCCUAAAGCAUCCUUAUUCACCUACAGUAGUUCCAGCUCUCCUAGGAAGGAAUUAACCUGUUCCUGUCCCAUUGCAGACACCUCCCUGUGAGCCCACACCCCUCCCUUCCUCCAGCCACCCCUUAGCAUCCCAUCCUCAUCCUGCACUGCACACAGGACUAAGUGCCUUGACACCCAGCCUGCAGAGAAGGGUACAUUUUUGUAUUGCUCUUCUCCCUUCUCCUGUCUCCUGGUCCUUCCCCAAGCAUCAUGUCUGCAGGGGGAGAUUUUGGAAACCCACUGAGGAAAUUCAAGCUGGUAUUUCUUGGAGAACAAAGUGUUGGAAAGACUUCCCUCAUCACUAGGUUUAUGUAUGACAGUUUUGACAACACAUAUCAGGCUACAAUUGGAAUAGACUUUCUCUCAAAAACAAUGUAUCUAGAGGAUCGGACGGUCAGGCUGCAACUGUGGGACACUGCCGGUCAGGAGAGGUUCCGGAGCCUCAUACCCAGUUAUAUCCGGGAUUCCACUGUGGCUGUAGUGGUUUAUGACAUCACAAAUCUGAAUUCCUUCCACCAAACAUCAAAAUGGAUUGAUGAUGUCAGAACAGAAAGAGGAAGUGAUGUCAUUAUAAUGCUAGUUGGAAAUAAGACAGAUCUUGCAGAUAAAAGGCAGAUCACUAUAGAGGAGGGAGAACAAAGGGCAAAGGAACUGAGUGUCAUGUUUAUUGAAACCAGCGCCAAAACCGGAUACAAUGUUAAACAGCUGUUUCGUCGAGUGGCCUCUGCCCUGCCUGGUAUGGAGUGCGCCGAAGAGAAAAGCAAGGAUGGAAUGAUUGACAUUAAACUUGACAAACCCCAAGAACCUCAAGUGGCGGAUGCCGGAUGUUCUUGCUAAUCAGAAAUGGAAGAUGGAUCAUCUGCCCUAGGCCAUGUGCUCAGCCCAAGAUGCUUCCUAUUGGUUAGCCAGGAAAAACAAACAUUCAGAAACCACAUCUAGAGAUUGUCAAGACCCUCCACUGCUCCUGAUGAUGACCGCUUCCCUUGUUUGUGUUCUUUUUGAUUUGCCUCAAGUCUUGUUGCCGAACCCUCUCUCUCCCUCUGUUGAUCAAUGCACUUCAACUCCACUUUACGUCCUUUAUUUAUACCUCCCCGUGCUCACAUACACAGUCAUUUCUGCAUUCACCUUACUCAUUAGAAUUACACAAAUAAUCUUUGAAACAUAAAGCACAUCACAUCUUCACUACUUUGUCAUCCACAGUCUAGACGCUAGAGAACUAUUCACAAACAAUUGAUUGUAAAAUAUUUAAGAUAAUAUGCUCAUCAACUUCUCUAAAUUGAGACAUGAGGUAGAUAUACAUAUUUUAAAUCCAUUAUAUAAGAAAUGCUCUCUACAUGUCAUUCAUUUCUUCUAUAAAAACACAACCACACCGCAUUAGACCUCUCACCCUUCCCUUCAGAAGUCAAUGAAAAAAAAUCUGCCUUUAACGCGGUUAUUAACACAUUUUGUUUCUCACUGUUUUGUUGUAAUAUAUAAUAAUUGUACUUUAUUAAAAUUGCCAAAAACUA